AUGGCUCCGGUAGAAUUCCAUCGUUACAUCGACGCCCGCGGCGACACCAUCAUCUACAAAUUCGACCCAGAGGUGGCGCGUAGCCCCGACCCGGCAUGGCCCAACGACUCAGCAGUCAGCGUAUACCACCACUACAUCCUCAGGAAGCAUUGCACCAUCAACUACCACUCUGAUCUCCUCCCCUUGGACCUCGUCAUGGACCGCUGGCGCAACGACAAGCCAUCCUUCCAGCCCAUUAUCGGCAUGGUCAUGUACAAGGAGAACAACCAUACAGACGACAGCUUUGGCGCGCACCUCAAGACACAAUACAUGUGGAAAGGCUGGCAUCACGGCGAAGGCUACAGGCGAGGCUGGGCUAAGCUGUGUGUUUCGGGACCCUUGGCGCAGGACUUCUCUGUGAAGCCGCCGCUGAUGUGGAGAUUGUAG